AUGCAUUAUGUUGUGUUAGAGGUGGAGGUGGCCCGUCGUGAAGACAGGGCAAAAGACUGGGCUCAGAUUGCGCGAUUUGAGUACCAAAUUUUGGAUGCGAAUACGCUGAAGCGCGUGUUUGAAGAAAACCGACAAGUUCUGCUGGGCCCUGGCUGCUCACUGCAGGAAGCAGUGAGCCAAUUGGAUCGGGACAUUGCGGAGCAUGCCGGAGAGGACUUUGUGUUGUGCUCUCUAAAUUCUACGUGGCAUUUUCGGGUGACGAUGCCGCGGCAGGCACGAGACGAAGUUUUCAUUCUGCCGCCGCAUUUGCAGCAUCCUAGAGUUUUUGAUUUAUGGAAGGAGUACCAGAGAUGGUGUGUGAACCACCCGGAGAUCUUGGCGCUACGUACAACAGCUGCGUCGUCCCAAAAUAAGAAAACUAAAGAUUUGGACGAAUUACGUGCAGUUUUGGAACUUGAAAAAGUUGAGGGCGAUGCUGAUGAUGCAUCGAAAGAGCCAAUUACACGUCCAGAGACUCCACUCGAUCAAGCUCUUGCAGUCAUCACACAGCUGCAGCAGAAAUGUUGUACUCCAGAGGAUAAACUUCUAGUUUUGACCCAUCCGUACGAUUCGUACUUGGACGUGCGCACUUUCCUACAAGAAAGAUCCAAGGUGUUAUACAUGAAUAACCUACCUCCUGACACCACACAGAGCGAACUGGAGUCCUGGUUUACCCAAUUUGGAGCACGCCCCGUCGGGUUUUGGACUGUCAGAAACAUAGUUGAGGAAACCUCUAAUGUGAACAAUAAUUGGUCUAGUAACAACAGCACGUACGUGGAGGCAGAAGAUAGUAUUUCUGGUUUUGUGGUGUUCCAAACCCACGAAGAAGCCACUGAGGCUCUUUCGCUGAAUGGGAGGUCAAUUUUGUCCAACAUCGCCAACACGAAACAACCGAGAGUUAUUGAGCACACCGUCGAGAUCCAGCCCUCUAGUGCUAGAGUUCUGGAUCGGGCCCAAGAGAUUCUCUCACCCUUCCCACAAAGCAAAAACAAGCCUCGACCUGGCGACUGGAAUUGUCCGUCUUGUGGGUUCUCCAACUUUCAAAGACGAACUUCAUGUUUCCGCUGUUCCUUUCCUACGACCGAUGCUGGUGCGGGAAACAAAAAUGGCUACGUCAGAAACCCGUUGCAGCAAACUGGGCUUGGAGACCUUCAGACUGGAUUCAAAGUUGGAAAUGGUGUGGCUGGCAUGUCACCUCUUCAUGGACACAUAGCCAACGCGCUCAUUCAGCAGACACACCCGUCUCAGCACCAACAACAGCACCAGCAUCAGCACCAACAGCAGCAUCAACAGAGGGUUCGUUACAACCAAGCGCAACGGCUAGGUCAAAGUCAACAGGGUGGUUCCAACGUGCCUUUCAGAGCAGGCGAUUGGAAAUGCGCGGUUUGCACAUAUCACAAUUUUGCCAAAAAUGUGGUUUGUUUGCGCUGUGGUGGUCCGAAGACUACUGAUCACCAACAAAAAGAUUUAGGCACUGUCAACUCUUACAACAACAACAUUCAAGGGAUUGAUAAUGGGAUGGGUAUCUCGUUAAAUACUAGGAGUUUUUCGGAGCCUGCAUGGUAA